CAUCUUCUUCACCAAAAUACUCACACUGAGACCUCUCCCUCCUCUUCUCUAUUCUUCUUUGACCUCUGGUUUUUCCCCAGCACAGCUUCCAUGCUUCACAUUCUCACUCGCCCUUGUCUUUGCCUACUCCACCCCCAAUUUUGUUUUGCCGAUGCUUACACAGUAAUUAGCAACGGAAGGCUGAAGAAAGACUCCAACUUUUAAUUAAUGAAAGGGAAGAAGGUAGGAUCAAUUGUGGGAUUUUACUAUGUCUUGUCUGUUGCCGCCGUUUAAGUGCCCACCGGGAACAGAUAACAACACCUUCUCCUUCCACUCCAGACCUCUUCUCUAUCGCCAACAUCAUCAUCAUGCAAAGGAUUUGUUUUUCCGAGCACAAUGCGCUUUGUCAACAACAACUUCCCCAUCUACUGCUGUGCUUGAAUUGGAGAAGUUGAGACUCUCUUCUUUAGAACCUCAUUCAAAUUCGGUUGCAGCUAACAAAACAUGGACAUAUACUGGGGCAGUCGGUCCGCCUAAAGAGGAAACCUUUCAAGCAACUUUAGCUACAGAAACACUUAUUACUAGCGAUGAAGCAGUAAUUUCAGCAGCAGCUGCUGAAGCAGUCGCUCUUGCCAGAGCAGCUGUCAAGGUUGCCAAAGAUGCUGUAGCCUUGGUUAACAAUCAGUACUCCAUGAAAGCAGAAACCAAGACUGCAAACACUUAUACUUUCUCAUCAAUUCGGUCCCAACUCACUGAAGCAGAGCGAGCUGACAUAUUGGGAGUUGAUGCAAAUGGAGAAGGAAGCCAAUCCAGUGAGAAUACUUCUAUCAAGGAGGAAUCUGAAUGUUUGGAGCCAACACUGGAAGAACUUUCCAUUCUAGAGGAAGAGCUUUGUGAAGAUAUAGCUGUGAGAUCAACUAAGCAAAAUGAAAGGAAAGUGAAACGCGCUAGAGCAGCUGAGAAGGUUUCUUCCGCAGCAAAUGUUUCUACAAAAGCUAGUUCAGCGAGUAGAAGAAAGCGUGGCUCUAUACAAGAAGUGGACCAUUCUGACCCUUUGCGUUAUUUGAGAUCUACCACAAGCACUUCGAGGCUUCUUACUUCUGCUGAAGAAUUGGAAUUUUCAGAAGGAAUACAGGACCUACUGAAACUCGAACGGCUUCACGAGGAGCUUGUGGAGAGAUAUGGAGGCGAGCCAACAUUUGCACAAUGGGCUGCUGCAGCAGCAGUGGAUCAGAUGACCUUGAGGAGGCGUUUAAACCGUGGGACUAUUUGCAAGGAUAAGAUGAUAAAAUCGAACAUAAGACUCGUCAUUUCCAUAGCCAAAAAUUAUCAAGGGUCUGGGAUGAGUCUACAAGAUCUUGUUCAGGAAGGUUGCAGAGGCCUUGUAAGGGGUGCAGAAAAAUUUGAUGCUUCAAAGGGCUUCAAAUUCUCAACUUAUGCUCAUUGGUGGAUUAAACAGGCAGUUCGCAAGUCUCUCUCUGAUCAAUCGAGGACUAUACGCUUACCGUUUCACAUGGUUGAGGCCUCCUACAAAGUGAAGGAGGCAAGGAGGGUAUUGUACAGUGAAAAUGGAAGGCAGCCGAACAAUGAAGAAGUUGCAGAGGCAGCUGGGCUUUCCAUGAAAAGGCUUGAAGCUGUUCUGCUGACACCAAAAGCUCCAAGAUCUCUCGACCAGAAGAUGGGUGUCAACAUGGACCUCAAACCUUCGGAAGUUAUUGCAGACCCGGAUGCUGAAACCUCGGAGGAUCUGCUAAUGAAGCAAUUCAUGAAGCAGGAUCUAGAAAAGGUGUUAGAUACCCUGAACCCGAGAGAAAGCCAAGUGAUCAGGUGGCGGUUUGGACUGGACGAUGGAAGGAUGAAAACAUUGCAAGAGAUAGGGGAAUUGAUAGGAGUGAGCAGGGAGAGAAUACGGCAAAUCGAGUCGAGUGCAUUCCGGAAACUAAAGAAUAAGAAAAGGACCAAGCAGUUGAAGCAGUAUGUGGUUUCAUAAUUGUAGCAGUAGCUUCAGGUUCCAUUCCUUGUGCUGUCAGGUUGCUUGAGUUGCACGUAUGGGCAACCUCCUCCAUUUCUGUAGAUACUUUGAGAAGUUUUUUUUUUUUUUUUUUUUCUGUUGCCAUUGUUCUGAUAUACAACCAAAUAUCAUUUUCCUUGGUUGGGCAUGCUGAUAAAGCAACCACACACGAAGAAAUGGAUGCGGCAUGACAAAACGAUCAUUUUAGUACCUCACCACACAAAUAUUAUGCGAGAGGACACAAAAUGCAAGCCCAACAGGGGACAUUUUUAGUUAACAGCUAAACAUACCCCCAAAGCUUGCCGGCCUACUCACCAACUAACAAAGAGCUUAAGGGCUUCACGAACAAACCUUGAAGCUUGGGAAACAAGAAACGUAAAUGGAAAGG